GGAAACCACGGCAAGACCAAAUCCUCAAGGUCACGUGGCAAAAAGAAACGCAGAAAAUCUAGCCAAGACAAUGAAGGCUGCCGCAUCAGGAAGCGGAACAUUAAAGUUGGAGCCCUGGGGCUGGGGUACAUGUCAGAGGAGAUAGUACUGUUUAAAUAUUGCAGUGGAUCUUGCCAACUCUCCCGGACAAACUAUGACCUGACGUUAACCGAACUCCUCAAACAGAGAGUGAUCCCCUCCUUUCCUAAUGAGAAGGUGAUCAGCCACCCGUGUUGCAGACCGGUCAGGUAUGAGGAUGUGACCUUCCUGGAUCUGCAGAAUAAGUGGCAGAGAGUCGAACAUCUCUCUGCAGCUGAAUGCAAAUGUAUAGGUUGAUGGGCGAUAUAUCAGGGACCAUGGAUUUGCUUUGAAUUUAACAGGACACUGUACCAGGCUAGGUACCAAGGCUGCACAACACUCUUCUGGAUGUAAUGAGAUGGAGCCUGACUUUGCUAACGAGGAGGAGGGGGGGAGGGCGGAGUCUGUGCUUCAUAUAUUGAGACAAAGAGGAGGAACUGAAUUGACUCAGUU